AUGUGGCAGGAUAGCCGAGCUUUAGGCAGGGGUCCUGUCUCGUGGGAGCUGUUUAAGACUGCCUUCCUAGAUAGAUUCUUCCCCAGGGAGAUGAAGGAGGCAAAGGUUGAGGAUUUUAUCAACCUUAAACAGGGAUCGAUGAUAGUCAGGGAGUAUUCGCUAAAGUUUGUUAAAUUGUCCAGGUAUGCCACAUCACUUGUAUCUUACAGCAGGGAUGAGAUGAGUGGGUUCCUCAUGAGAAUCUUAGGAGAUAUGGAGGAUGAUUGUAGGUAUGAGAUGCUCCACGAUAGCAUGGACCUCUCCAAGUUGAUGGUACAAAACCAGCAGGGGCAUCAGAGAUCAGGAAAAUCUAACUCUCAAAGGAUUGAAUCACCUAGAGGAGGCAGACCCGGGCCAAAGAAGGGCAAUAGAGGUGAUUUGCAGCAUCCCAAAAGGGAGUGUGCCAAGUGUGACCUUACUCACAGUGCAAAGUGCAGACAGGGCACUUAUUCCUUGUUCAGUCGUGGGAAGAGCUGGCACAUGGUCAAAGACUGUCCACAGAAUAGGGGUCAGGCUGGUCGAAUGCUCAGUCUAGGCCUAAUCCACAAGGUGCAGCAACAGUCGAGCCUCCUAAGAGGAACAUAUUCUACGCCAUGA